CACAUCUUCACAAAAAUUACUUCUCAGUUGGAAAAAUUUCUGCCAUAAUAACACUAAACGACAAAUUAUACUCAUGAAUCUGUGUCUACAGUCCAUAUAUUGAAUGCUCCGAAAACAAGGUUCGGAAAAGGAAAAAUGGAACGCUCUCGAGAUGAGCUCAAUCAAGAAGCCAUGUUUCAGCCACCCAACUCGACGCCUCAGCCAGCCCAUGGAGCGAGUUCCGCCCUCGAAAAGGUGCUUUGCAAUACCAGUUUGCCUCCUCUGAAGCGGCUGUGGGUGGCGUCGUGGAUUGAAAUAAGGCUUUUGUUUCGACUUGCUGCACCGGCAGUCAUGGUGUACUUUAUAAACAGUUUCAUGUCUAUUUCUACUAGGAUUUUUUCCGGCCACCUUGGAAACCUUGAGUUUGCAGCUGCCAGCCUUGGCAACCAGGGCAUUCAGUUAUUCGCCUACGGCCUCCUGCUGGGAAUGGGAAGUGCACUAGAAACCUUAUGUGGACAAGCCUAUGGUGCUGGCAAAUACGAUAUGUUAGGCCUUUAUCUUCAAAGAGCAACUGUGGUUCUUUUCUUGUUCACUCUCCCAAUAACCUUAGUUUACAUAUUCUCCAAACAAAUCCUUAUCUUCAUAGGAGAAUCCGAAAACGUGGCAUCACUAGCCGCAGUUUUUGUCUAUGGCCUCAUUCCACAGCUCUUCGCGUACACAGUAAACUUCCCAGUUCAAAAAUUCCUCCAAGCACAGAAUAUUGUAGCCCCAAGUGCUUACAUUUCAUUUGCCACUCUGUUGGUGCACGUGCUCUUAACCUGGGUUGCGGUGUACAAGAUUGGUCUAGGGUUGAUAGGGGCAUCUUUGGUAUUGAGUUUAUCUUGGUGGAUCAUUGUUUUGGCCCAGUUCUUGUAUAUUUUGUGGAGCCCAAAAUGUAAGUCCACUUGGAGUGGGUUUAAAUGGGAGGCUUUCACUGGGCUUUGGGAGUUUGUGAAAUUGUCUUUGGCUUCUGCUGUGAUGCUGUGCUUGGAGACGUGGUACUUUCAGGUACUAGUGUUGGUUGCAGGACUUCUCGAGAAUCCUGAGGUUGCCUUGGAUGCACUUUCAACAUGCAUGUCAAUUAAUGGCAUGUUAUUCAUGGUUUCAGUAGGGUUUAAUGCUGCUGCUAGUGUCCGAGUUAGCAAUGAGCUCGGAGCAGGGAACCCCAAGUCGGCAGCUUUUUCGGUUGUCGUGGUGAAUAUUGUUUCUUUCAUUGUUUCCGUGGUGGUUGCAGCCAUCGUGUUAUGGCAACGACAUAACAUUAGCUACAUAUUCACGAAUGGCACCACGGUUUCCGAUGCAGUCUCUGAACUUUGUCCGCUCUUAGCUGUCACUCUCAUUCUCAAUGGCAUUCAACCAGUCUUGUCCGGGGUGGCUGUUGGUUGUGGUUGGCAAGCAUUUGUUGCCUAUGUAAAUGUUGGGUGUUACUACAUUGUGGGAGUUCCAGUUGGUUGUCUCCUGGGUUUCAAAUUUGACUUUGGAAUUAAGGGAAUAUGGUCCGGAAUGAUUGGAGGAACAAUGAUGCAAACCAUCAUUUUGCUUUGGGCGACAUCUCGAACCAAUUGGAACAAAGAGGUGGAGAAAGCAAAGGACCGUCUUGACAAGUGGAAAGAUAUAAAAGAGCCACUUCUUAAGAAUUGAGAGUGGUUAAGAAAACUAUAUUGAUGCUUGCUUAUUUACAUUCAUUGUUCUUGUUAUUUUGGAUUUUCUUUACCCAAUUUUGAACCAUUAAAAUAUUGAUUCGUGAUGUUUCGAAGUGUUCUUUUAUAUAUAGAUUUGAGAAUCAUUCGCCUUGUUA